AUGCCAUCACGAGGUAUUAACCCAGUUGAGCUGCGCGAUUAUCAACCGUGUUCCAAUGGACCUCAGUGGAUCCUAGGAGAAUGUGGGCAACAGGAACAAGCAAAGGAGUUUGAGAACAUUCGAAGCGAAUGCCUCGUGGAAGCCAAGAAAUAA